GCUGCUAUAUCGUUCGUGUAUGCUCUUAUCCCAGCUCGUGGGCCGACGAGAGAUCCCGGGGCAAAGGCGCCAAGAAGGAUAUGCUGGAGAAGGUCACGCCGAUUGUGCCCACCAUCGACAGCCCGUCUUCUGAGACUGGCCGCCAACGGCUUUCGCCAUCGGUGCCAUCGCCUGGCAGUGCCGAGGCCUCGACAUCGGCCCUCAGCUCCACCGAGGCCUCAUCCGGCAGGACAAGUGGGGAGCGGCCCGAAGCAGGAUCUGAUCGACCCGAGAUCCCGCGCGCGAGACCAACCCAGAGCUCGCCGUCCAACCUCUCCAAUGGCAGCACCGAUCGAGCAUCGACAGUGCCGACCGAUACCGGCUCUCGGCCCGAGUCUGCCAAAGAGAACGCUCGAACGGGACCAAGUGUGGUGAACGAGUCCGUUGCAGACAAGCCCAAGAAGAAGCCGAAAAAGAAACUCAACAACGGCGCGGCCACAGAUCAGCCAUCGCCGAAGGAAUCUAGCGAGGAUAAUAGGCCGGAGACCCCCAAUCGACAGAGCCAGCCGGGCCAGGCCGAUCAAGGCGAUAAAGCCACCCCGCCGGAGAAGAGCGGCAAGCCCAAACCAUCGAGCCAGCCCGACAAAACGAGCAAAGCUGACCCGGCUGCCAGCGUCAAGAAUGCCGGAGCUUCAAAGCCGAAUCCUCAGGCCGGAUCUCAGAGUACCGCGGGCGGCAAGGCUGCUGCUGCCGGCGCUGCAAACUCGACCAUGCCACCUCCAGCUCGCCCUACAGCAGCCGAGCCCCGCAUCGCAGCAGGCGGAGCCCCCGCUGUGGCUCAGACGAACAAGCCAUCGGAUAAGGUACCAAAGCCUCGCGAGGCGGCGCCGAUUCCAUCAACCUCGACACCAUCCUCGCAGAGCGGCGUUGCAAAGGGCAAGUCCAAAGGCGAUCCUCCGAAGCCGCAGCCGCAACAGGCAGGCGGAGGUGGUUCUGCAAAACCCAAGGCCGAACCAGCGCAGACCCAGUCUCCAGCUGCCAGCCCAGUCGUCCGUGCUCCUCCGGUGGUUCAGAGGAGCGGCCUCAACAAACCUAGCCAAACGAACUCUGGCGUCGCUGCACCCACAGCAAGCCAAGCCAGUGCCGGCACUGAUACAACCAAAACGCCAGAACCGCAGCCAUCCGCAGCUCUGAAACGAAAGGAACCACCGUCGAGUACUCAGCCAGAUUCAAAGAGACCGAAAUAUCCCCAAAGCCUGCUGCUUGAAAUGCUCAACAUGGAGUCGGAGCGACCGCCGGUGCCAGGUCUUUUACAUCAAGACGUCCUCGCGAUGAUCAACAACUUCCGGAAUAUAGCCAAAAAGGAAACCGUUGUCGGUCAAACCAAGCUUCCGCUCAACCUUCACGAGCCUCUUAGCGACAUCUGCAAAGCCGCUAUGGAUCAGUUAUGCAUCAACGAGAGUUUCAUUGGGCACUUGAUGAUGGCCCUUCCGUACAGCGCUAUCAACGUUAAGCGACUGGUCGAACGCAUUGUGCUACGUGAGCAAAUCAACACCCUGUGCCAGCGGUCGAAUGUGCUCUAUCCUGAGUUCCAAAAGAACAUUGAGCUUUAUGUAAAGCACCAUAACAAGAAGCUCCAAGACGAUAAGAGCAAAAGCGAGCAGGGCCCCGCUACUGGAGAAAGCUCCGGCGCAAAUAAGAAUCGCUCAACGACCUUCCGCUUUGCUCCGCUGCUCACGGAUGCCCUGAUGGAGCUGAUUGACAACGAAUGCGAGAUGGCCCGGUUGAACAAUGCCUUGUCCAAACUCGGCAACAAAGAUCCCCAGUACUUUGAAGAAAAAGUCCAACAGGCGUUUUAUGAAAAGAUAGUAAAGUUCUGGCCGCCGGGCAUGAUGACAAUCGACCAUCUAAAGAAGACCGUAUAUUUCCGGAGGCGCAGCAGCACCAAGAAGGACACCGACACCCCGGGGAAAGACUCGGCACCGUCACCGUCACCAUCGCCAUCGCCGUUGCCGGCAGCGUCAAACACCGCUGCAGCCGCAUCUGCAGCCAAAGCUACACCUCCGACCGCUAAUACAACUCCAGCCCGGGCCACGGCUUCUACCCCAACGCCUACUUCGAACCCUGUUACAACACCAACCCCCGCUGCAACUCGAGCACCGGCAUCGGCUGCCGCUCGAGCACCGGCAUCAGCCAAGGCACCGGCUCCCAAAGCACCAGCCCCAACACCUGCCUCCGCUUCAGCAUCAGCAUCAGCAGCGGCCCCUAAAGCGUCAGCACCGGCUCCUAAACCAUCAGCACCGACUUCCAAAGCUCCGACACCGGUACCAGCAUCAACACCGGCUCCGAAAGCCACAGCUCCAGCUUCGACUCCGGCUCCCAAAGCACAAGCCCCGGCCAAAGUACAAACCCCAAAACCCACCCCGGCUCCAACUUCGAAUCGAGCUACAUCUUCUGCCCCGGCCUCAGCCGCAGCUCCUGCCCCAGCUGCAACCCGACCAACUAAACCCUCAGCGCCAACCACAACUGCAACUGUGGCUUCACCUGCGGCCUCGACCCCGCGCACGACAUCAACGACGGCUCCGGCGUCGGCACGGGCCACGUUGCCGCCGACACCGACACCGACACACGCACACACCACAGCGUCACCAGCAUCAACACCCGCACGAACCACAACGCUGCCCACACCGCCACCCGCUCCUACAUCGGCACCAAAGCCCAAACCAAAGACGACCGCGGGAUCCUCGUCAGUCCCGAUGUCGAUGUUGGUAUCCGGUCCGGUCCUGGAUCCCCACGCAAAGCCUUCCGCCGCGCCAAGGAGCUCAGGAGCACCACCAGAAUCACCGGCGACAUUUAUGCCUUCAGCCGCAGCAGAGCCCAAGCCCAUAACGAGCCCAACGGGCCCAAAGAAUCCAGCGAAGGCGAGUGCGAGUGUGCCGCCAGCACCGAUGCCCCCCGCCUCGCGACAGUGAAGGGCCGAGCAGUGCGCUGCUCGCCGCAGUUUUGGGCGUGCUGGGCGUGCUGGGCGAGCCUCUGACGAAUAUGGCCGCGAUGAUCUGCAUAAUGUCUGCCGAGCGAUUGUUUCCCGUCUUGAUUGAUAAUUGAAGUGGGUACAAGAGGCAUAAUCUUGGCCGUUGCGGAUAAUAGAUGUGUGCACUUCUGCCCAAAGAGAUGCCAUAAAGCAACAUGUCGCC